AUGCGGAUUUCAACUCGCCCGAAUCUGGAUCAAACGAGAGGUAUUCACCGUUCAACAAACACCCGUGUUGAGGUGGAGCAGGAAUCUACUCUGAAACUCCGAUUCAAAAUCUAUCAAGUGUUACUCGUGCUGAUUGCUCUUUCCAUGGUCUAUUACUGGCACAAAAGUCUCACACUCCCAAAGAAGGGCUUGACUGAAUUCGAGACAAACAUCGAGGAGGAUACUGGAUUCUUCAAUCACCUCGUCAAGAAGAUGGCAAAACAAGCCACUCUCUAUUUCGUCGUCUUCAUCACGGAGCCCCUGAAUCUCUCACUCAUCAUGAUGUGCUUGUUUAGUCGAAUCGUUCUUAACUUCGUGGCCUUCAACUUGACCAUCGCUUAUCGAGAAUUUGUCUGGGGAUACGAAAUCGACGAGAGCUACUUUGUCCCACUGAUCCCAUCCAGUCCAGUUGUUGAUGUUUGA